GGCAUGUGACUAUAAUUAUCACAGACUGCAUUCCUAUCAAAAAGGCAUGUUUUAGUUUACAAUACAAAAGAAUGGCAGCACUGGACUCCAAUAUCCAACAAAAAUCGGACAAGAGAAUAAUAGGAUUUGAUUGUGAGUUUGUGAAGCCACCACCUUCGGAAUACAUCCAGUCAGAGUGUCCAGUUUGUCUCCAGAUCAUUCGAGAGCCCCACCAGGUCACAUGCUGUGGAAAGAAAUUUUGCCAAGCUUGUAUUGAAACUAUCAGAGCAAUUAAAAAGCCGUGCCCAACUUGCAACAAGGAGUUUUCAAAUUUCCCCGACAAAGCUUUGAAACUAUCGCUCUAUGGGUUGAAAGUUCGCUGUAGCCACCAGAAAGACGGGUGUAAGUGGACGGGGGAACUGAGACAGUUUGAUGAGCACCUUAACAAAGAUCCACAGACAGAGAAACGGUUUGAAGGUUGUCAGUUUGUUGAGAUCGAUUGCAUCUAUAAUUGCGAUAACCAAAUGCAGCGAAGGUACAUUCAAGUCCACCAAAUUAAGUAUUGCCCCAAACGUUCAUUCAGUUGUGAGCACUGCCAUGAUUACAAGUCUACCUAUGAUGAUGUCACCAACAACCACUGGCCUGUGUGUGGGUCCUUCCCUGUCCCCUGCCCUAACCAGUGUGGUUCAACUAUCCAAUGUCAGAAUAUAGACAGCCAUGUUGCCGAUGAGUGCCCCCUGACCACCAUCAACUGUGACUUUCACCACGUGGGCUGUGCUGUAAAACUCCCUCGACAAGACAUGCCAGACCAUGCUUACAGUUACCUCCUAGCACACAUCUCUCUAUUAGCCACCAGUCAUGCCAAGCAACAAGCUGAGAUAAUACAACAAAGAAAAGAAAUCACAAAUUUGAAAGUUAAUCACAAUAAUUAUAGUGACUAGCAACACCAAAACCUCGAGCACAAGUUUCAAUCGCUGGAAGCUGAAAAUGGACAACUUAAAACCAAAAUUCUUGGGUUAGAGCCAUUGCAACCACUACAACCACGUGCACUGCUCAAGACUUCCCCUCCCAUCGUGAACUCUGAGCCUCUUAGUGCUCCUGUUCUUACAAUGGCCAACUUCCAACAGCACAAGAGAGAUAACGACAGCUGGUACUCCCCUCCAGUCUAUACCCACCAUCAGGGCUACAAGAUCUGUCUUAAAGUGUAUGCUAACGGCUCGGGCUCUGGUAAAAGAACACACGUCUCUGUAUACGUGUGUUUCAUGAGAGGAGAGUUUGACGAUUCUUUAACAUGGCCGUUUCAAGGAACUCUUACAUUACAACUAUUGAACCAGGUCAAUGGUGACGGUCAUGUAAGAGGCAGAAACAUCUACAAUAAUGAUAAAACACCUAACAUGCACGGUAGUAGAGUGACAGUGGAAGAAAUAUCAUUGGGAUGGGGAAAAACAACACUUAUUGCUCACUCUGAACUGGAGCCCAAGUAUUUACGAAACGACACCCUUCUCUUCCAAGUAUUCAAAGAAGAAAUGAACUAGAUACUUAAUAAUUAAAAGGAGCGAAAACAAUAUUACAAGCAUACACCAGUCAUACAUUUAGCUAUUAC